GGGAAGCGAUCAUCCAGAAAUGCUACCUCUGCUUAUGGCAAGUCCUGCAGGGUUGUGUGCUGGGAGUCCUGGGUGUAGCUGAUUCAAUAUUGUAUGGGGCCCAAGCUCUGCUUAUGGCAAGUCCUGCAGGGUUGUGUGCUGGGAGUCCUGGGUGUAGCUGAUUCAAUAUUGUAUGGGGCCCAGGCUCUGCUUAUGGCAAGUCCUGCAGGGUUGUGUGCUGGGAGUCCUGGGUGUAGCUGAUUCAAUAUUGUAUGGAGCCCAGGCUCUGCUUAUGGCAAGUCCUGCAGGGUUGUGUGCUGGGAGUCCUGGGUGUAGCUGAUUCAAUAUUGUAUGGGGCCCAGGCUCUGCUUAUGGCAAGUCCUGCAGGGUUGUGUGCUGGGAGUCCUGGGUGUAGCUGUUUCAAUAUUGUAUGGGGCCCAAGCUCUGCUUAUGGCAAGUCCUGCAGGGUUGUGUGCUGUGAGUCCUGGGUGUAGCUGAUUCAAUAUUGCAUGGGGCCCAAGCUCUGCUUAUGGCAAGUCCUGCAGGGUUGUGUGCUGGGAGUCCUGGGUGUAGCUGAUUCAAUAUUGUAUGGGGCCCAGGCUAUGCUUAUGGCAAGUCCUGCAGGGUUGUGUGCUGUGAGUCCUGGGUGUAGCUGUUUCAAUAUUGUAUGGGGCCCAAGCUCUGCUUAUGGCAAGUCCUGCAGGGUUGUGUGCUGGGAGUCCUGGGUGUAGCUGUUUCAAUAUUGCAUGGGGCCCAGGCUAUGCUUAUGGCGAGUCCUGCAGGGUUGUGUGCUGGGAGUCCUGGGUGUACCUGUUUCAAUAUUGUAUGGGGCCCAAGCUCUGCUUAUGGCAAGUCCUGCAGGGUUGUGUGCUGUGAGUCCUGGGUGUAGCUGUUUCAAUAUUGUAUGGGGCCCAGGCUCUGCUUAUGGCAAGUCCUGCAGGGUUGUGUGCUGUGAGUCCUGGGUGUAGCUGUUUCAAUAUUGUAUGGGGCCCAAGCUCUGCUUAUGGCAAGUCCUGCAGGGUUGUGUGCUGGGAGUCCUGGGUGUAGCUGUUUCAAUAUUGCAUGGGGCCCAGGCUAUGCUUAUGGCAAGUCCUGCAGGGUUGUGUGCUGGGAGUCCUGGGUGUAGCUGUUUCAAUAUUGUAUGGGGCCCAAGCUCUGCUUAUGGCAAGUCCUGCAGGGUUGUGUGCUGUGAGUCCUGGGUGUAGCUGAUUCAAUAUUGCAUGGGGCCCAAGCUCUGCUUAUGGCAAGUCCUGCAGGGUUGUGUGCUGGGAGUCCUGGGUGUAGCUGAUUCAAUAUUGUAUGGGGCCCAGGCUAUGCUUAUGGCAAGUCCUGCAGGGUUGUGUGCUGUGAGUCCUGGGUGUAGCUGUUUCAAUAUUGUAUGGGGCCCAAGCUCUGCUUAUGGCAAGUCCUGCAGGGUUGUGUGCUGGGAGUCCUGGGUGUAGCUGUUUCAAUAUUGUAUGGGGCCCAAGCUCUGCUUAUGGCAAGUCCUGCAGGGUUGUGUGCUGGGAGUCCUGGGUGUAGCUGUUUCAAUAUUGCAUGGGGCCCAGGCUAUGCUUAUGGCAAGUCCUGCAGGGUUGUGUGCUGGGAGUCCUGGGUGUACCUGUUUCAAUAUUGUAUGGGGCCCAAGCUCUGCUUAUGGCAAGUCCUGCAUGGUUGUGUGCUGUGAGUCCUGGGUGUAGCUGUUUCAAUAUUGUAUGGGGCCCAGGCUAUGCUUAUGGCAAGUCCUGCAGGGUUGUGUGCUGUGAGUCCUGGGUGUAGCUGUUUCAAUAUUGCAUGGGGCCCAGGCUCUGCUUAUGGCAAGUCCUGCAGGGUUGUGUGCUGGGAGUCCUGGGUGUAGCUGUUUCAAUAUUGUAUGGGGCCCAGGCUCUGCUUAUGGCAAGUCCUGCAGGGUUGUGUGCUGUGAGUCCUGGGUGUAGCUGUUUCAAUAUUGUAUGGGGCCCAGGCUCUGCUUAUGGCAAGUCCUGCAGGGUUGUGUGCUGUGAGUCCUGGGUGUAGCUGUUUCAAUAUUGUAUGGGGCCCAAGCUCUGCUUAUGGCAAGUCCUGCAGGGUUGUGUGCUGGGAGUCCUGGGUGUAGCUGUUUCAAUAUUGUAUGGGGCCCAGGCUCUGAUUGGCCUUAAAUUCUAGGCAGUUUUUCUUUUUAAAGAAUAACCUUAAUUUGUGUAUUUUUAUUAUUAUUUUUUUUCUUUCAAUAAAUUGUUAAUAUGAGAAUGCAUGGAAACGUUGAGUAUUAAUGUGUAUUAUUAUUAUUUGUCCCAGACCACAAUGCCCGGCAUGAAGAGAGAUUGCGGUGGAGCUGCUGCUGUUCUGGGGGCUUUCAAGGUUGCAGUUAAACAGGUUAGUAGUGUAGCACUUAUUGGAAUGAGUUAUUGCAGUUAAACAGGUUAGUGGUGUUGCACUUAUUGGGGUGAGUAUGGGGCACUGCAGAUUUUAAUAACUCACAUGUUAUGUUUUUGCUGUGCCAGGAUAGCUUGGCAUAGUAUUUAAAUUUAAAAUAUAAAAGUUUAGCUCUUCUUCUAACCAGCAAACUGUUGGCUAUCUGGUUGUGCUAACGUUUGAUGUAUAUAUAUUUUUUUUUUUAUGUCUCUUUUUUUUUUUAGGGAUUUAAGGACAAUCUUCACGCCCUGUUCUGUUUGGCAGAGAACUCUGUUGGUCCUAAUGCAACACGGCCUGAUGAUAUUCACACGCUGUACUCAGGAAAGUAAGAACCUGCUGUCUGUCUCUGAUUUAUGUUAUUCCAGUAUGAGACAUCUGGAGUGAAGGGUCUUAUUCAAGAAAAUAGAAACAUAGAAUGUGACAGCAGAUAAGAACCAUUCGGCCCAUCUAGUCUGCCCAAUAUUUCAAAAUACUUUCAAAAUGACUUGCCGAGACAGGGCAGCAGAAAUUAGAUGAGCUGGUGGCAGAAAGGCCGUAGUGAUAUCACUGCUAACAAGUUCACAUGGUGAGAGCUUUGGUAAUUGUAUUGGUGGGAUUUAUGUCUUCAUUCAGAAGACCCUCUUUAUCUCUGUGCUUGUUAACUAAUACCCCUGGGUGAAAGGGAGAAUCCCCAGUCCUUGCAGGAUGGUGCCCACCCUAAUAAUGGAAGGUUUUUGGCUUUGUGCCUGCUCCCCCCCCUCCUUACUCCCUUUGGAAAGUCUGUCAAAUAACAUAAAGUUUGCUCCAAACUGUAGAACGGUUGAAAUAAAUAACACCGACGCAGAAGGCAGAUUGGUGCUCGCGGAUGGAGUUUCCUACGCUUGCAAGGACCUGGGUGCGGAAAUCGUUCUUGACAUAGCGACGCUGACUGGCGCGCAGGUACUGGGCAGGGACCAGGGAGGGAUCUUUAAUGCUGCUGCUUGUAUCCUGCACUAUAUUGAGAUGUGAACACGUUCUCUCAGGGUAUUGCGACUGGCAAGUACCACGCAGCCGUACUGACAAACAGCGAGGAAUGGGAGAAUGCCUGCGUGAAGGCAGGCAGGAAGUGCGGAGACUUGGUUCACCCGCUGGUCUACUGCCCUGAGCUUCACUUCAAUGAGUUCUCCUCUGCCAUGGCGGACAUGAAGAAUUCUGUUGCGGUGAGUGUAGUUAUGCUUUGCCAACCAACGUGGGAGUUAGGUGGGAUUCUGUCUGUAACAUGACCCCGUCUAAUUCUUGACUUCACUUUGACAACAGAUUUCCAUGUGUUGUGUACGCUAAAUAUAUAUGUCUCCACUAUUAUAAUAAGAAUCUCACUGCAGGUACAGACUGCUAAGUCAGUCUAGUCUGCAGACACUGCUUGGUUAGUGAGGGGGUGCACACAGUCUGCCUGCAGACACUGCUUGGUUAGUGAGGGGGUGCACACAGUCUGCCUGCAGACACUGCUUGGUUAGUGAGGGGGUGCACACAGUCUGCCUGCAGACACUGCUUGGUUAGUGAGGGGGUGCACACAGUCUGCCUGCAGACACUGCUUGGUUAGUGAGGGGGUGCACACAGUCUGCCUGCAGACACUGCUUGGUUAGUGAGGGGGUGCACACAGUCUGCCUGCAGUGAGGGGGUGCACUGCCUUGCUUGGUUAGUGAGGGGGUGCACACAGUCUGCCUGCAGACACUGCUUGGUUAGUGAGGGGGUGCACACAGUCUGCCUGCAGACACUGCUUGGUUAGUGAGGGGGUGCACACAGUCUGCCUGCAGACACUGCUUGGUUAGUGAGGGGGUGCACACAGUCUUCCUGCACUGCUUGGUUAGUGAGGGGGUGCACACAGUCUGCCUGCAGACACUGCUUGGUUAGUGAGGGGGUGCACACAGUCUGCCUGCAGACACUGCUUGGUUAGUGAGGGGGUGCACACAGUCUGCCUGCAGACACUGCUUGGUUAGUGAGGGGGUGCACACAGUCUGCCUGCACUGCUUGGUUAGUGAGGGGGAUGCACACAGUCUGUCAGCAAGCUAAAAUCUGUUGCAGAACUUUGAUUUUAUAGGGACGCUAUAGGCACCUAGACCACUUCAGCUUUAGAUGGCUGGGGGGGAGCUAUAUAAUAAAAGUUGCUUUAACUUAAAAAAGGAAUUUCUUAUUUUUAUCAAAACCCCAUAAUACGUAGUAGUUCUUAUAGUUAUAGAAUAUAAAUGCAAGUAAGGCUUGUAUUUUCUUGGAAUCCCUGACCCCUAGUCUGGCUGCAAUCUGUUUUCUUUGAACCCCUUUGUAAUCGUUCACUGUAAGGAUUAGACCAUAGCUUGGUUUCCUCUGUAGUAAGUGACUCGGCUAGGUUUGUAACUCUGCUCUUGUACCUGUAGGAUCGCGAGAACGCACAGAGCUCUUGCGCUGGACUAUUCAUUGCUUCUCACAUUGGGUUUGACUGGCCAGGCGUGUGGGUCCAUGUUGAUAUUGCUUCUCCAGUUCACACUGUAAGUACAAGGUCAUCUUGAGGGCUAGUUUUCAAUGUUUUUUUGAUUGGGAUUUUAUUUAUUACAUAACACACAGAAACAAGGAUUGCAUUCUCAAUCACUAUAUUUCUACAAUUUACCAUCCCAUAAUUCCAGUGGCUUCCUUCAUAUUAGCAGUACCCUGACUUCCAAAGAUGCCUGAGUCCUCCACCAGUCCUUACUUUAAUUAAAAAGUAAAUUAGACCAUAAAGAGCCAAUGCCAUGCCAGGAAUGGAAUAAUUUAAAGGAUUUGGCUCCAUAAUAGGGGAAGGGCACAGACAUUGAUUUUAUACUACAAUCACAUCAUAAAUGGUUUAUAGUUUUAUCUUGGCUAGCUCCAUUACUAGAUAUCUUUUUGCUUUAAUCACAUUGAACCCACUCUGUCCCUGCAGGGUGAGAGAGCCACUGGUUAUGGGGUGGCACUGCUGCUCUCCCUCUUCGGGCGUGCUUCAGAGGACCCCCUGCUUUAUACCGUGUCUCCCUUGGGCGAGGAUGAUGAAGAAGAAAACCUUCAGAGAGAUUCCAAAAGAAGACGCCUUGUGUGAUUGGCUAGCUCGUCUGCCAGUGAACCCAAUUCAUCAUGUAAUCCAAUCAGUUCUGUUUUCUCCAAAUCUUAUGCGCAAACCGUGCUUCUUAUUCAGACCAGUGUAUAACCUCUGACCACUAAUUAUGUUUUUUUUGCCAUUUUUAUAUGGUGUGAUCUUCUCAUUAUUGCUUUCUCCUAGACAGUGCAAGACUUUGUGUUUAACGUGUCCCUCCUCUUACCCUGGAGAGAGCCUGCUUCCUUGUCUGUGUCCCUUCAGAUGGCAGCUCCCCAGCACCCCAAUUAGUUUCUUCAACCUUUCUAUGGCUCAAAAUGUAAUUAAAGCGGUUUGCAUUCCUUGGUUU